AUGGUAUCUAAGCAGAUUAUCCCUAUUAAUGGACUUAGCAUUACAGUCUAUGGCUUACAAGAAUGCAACUUGCUACCCAAAGGAACCCCUGUAGCUGUUAUGUUUGCACUCCACGGCAGACUUCAGAAUCAGGCCAAGAUGGAGCCUUUAGCCUUUGCUUUAUGUAAACUAAACGAGUGUCGUCAACAAACUGAUCGCUACCUACUGAUCGUCACAUUCGAUGCACCCAAUCACGGCACUCGUCUUUUGAACAAGACAGCCAAUUAUGGCUGGAACGAAGGAAAUGAUAGUCAUGCAUUGGAUAUGUGGAGCAUGAUUCACUCUACCUCACACACGGUGACUGAGCUCAUCAAUGUGCUUGAGUAUUAUCUUUUUGGUCCUCAAAAGAACCCUGUCGUCCAAGUAUGGGGUGUUACUGGCUUUUCACUGGGUGGUCAUGCUUCUUUCCUCAGUGCUGCUAAAGGUACGGGUUUUCAUAGUCAAAUAAAGAUACUCAUAUUGUACACUAGAUCCUCGUAUCACAGUGGCUGUUCCUAUUGUUGGUAUUGCUGA